CUCCUCAGAGGUUUCUUUUUCUCGUCUUCCCAGGAGUCACAAACAACGUCGUUUUGGAAGCGCCCUUUCUGGUUGGCAUUGAAGGUUCGCUCAAAUGCAGCACUUACAACCUUCUAUUCUGUAGUUCCUGUGGAAUUCCCAUUGGCUUCCAUUUGUAUUCCACCCAUGCUGCUUUGGCUGCUUUAAGAGGUCACUUCUGCCUUUCUAGUGAUAAAAUGGUUUGCUAUCGGUUAAAAACAAAAGCUGUAGUAAAUGCAUCUGAGAUUGAUAUUCAGAAUGUUCCUCUACCAGAAAAGAUUGCAGAGCUCAAAGAGAAAAUAAUGCUAAUACAUGCUCGCUUAGAUUCACUCACCAAGAUUCUGAAGGAAAAGACUUCUCACAAGUCCAAGCCAGAAAACUUAUCUUUGGUUCUUCAGAUGUGACUAUCAGAUUCAAGAUGUUGACUCUUCAGCAACAAGUGCUGUUUGGUAGUUUGUGAAAGAACCUGGCUUCAUGAAUGGGGUUUGCAGCCAGGCGCCAUAGUUACUCAGGGCACUCAUACCUGAUAGCUGUUUGCAGCCAGCCUAGAUAGGAAAGACCGUGAGACUUUUAAUUCCAAUUAAC